AGGAGGUACAGGAAGACUUGUCUCGGCUUGGUCUUUGACACAUCUGGCUACAGAUUCUAUACCAGAAAAACACAAACCUCAGAAGCCUGAUGGCUUAUUAUCUUUCCUUCCUCAUCCUCAUCAUCUUAUCAAGAGGCUCAGGUGUUCAGGCAGCAGCAUCAAGUGUAUCCACCGUGAGUAAAUUGUCUGUGGAAAAAGGAAAGUCCAUCACGGUCCCAUGUCGUUAUGACCAGAGAUACCGACAGUAUUUCAAAUAUUGGUGUCGAGGGGAUUACUGGAAUUCUUGUUCUACUCUUGCACACACGAAUCAACCAAAGAUUUCUGGGACAGUAUUGAUCUCUGACGACAACACCCAAACAAUUUUCUCUGUGACAAUGCUGGAUCUGAAGCCAGAAGACUCUGGGUAUUACUGGUGUGCUGUGGAGACGACAGGACAAGAUCUAAGAUCGUACUUGCACCUGUCAGUUACCUCAGGUUCUCCAGGACUCUAUGUGGAGCAACAACUGGUGACUGGAGUGGAAGGAGGGAGUGUCACUGUCCAUUGUUACUAUAGUAACAUUGUAGCUAAGAGGUGGUUGUGGUGUAAAAUGGGUAUCUAUUACGCCCCCAUUUUGGGAAGAUACUCUGGGAUGUUAGAUGGAACAUAUGUGACCUCACACCAGACCAUUGAUCAGAACAAGAGACACAUUUUAACUGUAACUCUGAAUAGACUGAAGAUGAGGGACACUGGCUGGUACUGGUGUUCUAAUGGGGAUUUACAGAUGCCUGUUCAUGUCACUGUCAAUCAGCCAACCACAACACAGAGGACCACACCUGAAUCCACCACUACAUCUACCUCCACCUCUACCACUGUCAUUCCCACUGUCAAUCAUGUGACCAAAACACAGACUGCAACCUUUAUUAGUGAGUAUCUGGAUGUACAGACCGGAGGUUCUAUCACCAUCCCAUGUCACUAUGAUCAGAAAUAUAUACGCUACGUCAAAUACUGGUGUAAAGGAUCUUGGGAUUUCUGCAAAUAUGCUGCACGCACAGACAAAACUAUGGGAACUAAGACCUCGAUAUCAGAUGACCUCAUACGGAGAGUCUUCACUGUGACCAUGACUGUUCUGACCCCAGCGGACUCUGACUAUUACUGGUGCGCUGUGGAGAUAAAUAAAGGACCAGAUAUCAGGAUACAACGGUUCUACCUAUCUGUCACAGAAACCCAAUCACCAGACAAUCCACAAACAUCUUCCACUUCAACUUCUGGCCCUGUGGUGAACACUUCUCAUCGUACUGACAGCUCUUCUGGUCUUGUAGAAGACAACGCCACCCAAGAAGUUGAGGGUAGAAAACAGAAGAAAUACCACCAAUGGUUGGAUGAUCUGAAAAUCCUGUUGAUUCCUCUGGUCAUGUUGCUGGUGUUGAUAGCUGGUGUCCUAGUAGCAUGGAAGAUGUGGAGAAAGCAUGGAAACAAAAAAGCCAAUGACCAGCCAACCAAUACAGCGUGUGACCCAUUUCCCGGUGAUGAUGCAAGUAAUGUCACAUACAGUACUAUUGCCCUCAAGAGAAAGACCCAGCAAGAUUUACAGACCAAGUCUGUUUGUGCUCCUCUGUUACAGGCAGAACCAGAGGAUAAUGUGGUCUACAGUUCAGUAGCCCACCACCUGACCAGAAAGGCAACAGAACCAGAUGAUAAUGUCCUCUACAGUUCAAUAGUCCUAUAGGUGACAAAAGAGCAGGUGGCAGCAGCAUAGCAGUGACUGACCAGACUUGUAUGGACACUGCUGUUACAGUUUCUUUGGAUUGCUUACACACUAAAAUUAAAAGUAGUACACUAUCAGCAAAACCUUACACUCAAGAAGCAAAACA